UGUAUUGGUGGCGCUACCAUGACGCUGCAACAAUACGCACCUAGCAUACUGGCUAAAUGUGUAGUUAAACCUGGUUAACUUCGUUUUUGACGGGUUUGGCGACUACUUUGCGCGCUAUUAUGAGAAGGAAAGAGGGACGACAACACUCCUUGUCACUGUAAACUGUCGUGUCAACCUUCAUUAAUUUUUCGUUAUUUUUCUGUUGUGGACAUCACCUCUGUCCGGAGGAAAUACAACUGGCUAGUGAGCCUGCUUGUAGAUCCAGCGUCGGUGUGUAAUAGGAUGGAUCCUCUGGGUGCUCGCUCUCAGUUCAUUGACAUCCAGACUCUCCCCACUUGGCAGCAGCAGCUGGAUGAGGAUGUCAAGGAGACACCCCUGAACCAAAGCGAAAGCCUGCUUGGCCAGGAAGCCUUCCCCUCGCCCUUCCCCAUCAGAGCAGACAUCAACCGCAAGAUCAUCCUCUUCACUGGUGACGUGGCCCUGCUGAAUUGCACCUCAAUCGUGAACACCAGCAACGAGUCGCUUAAUGACAAGAACCCAGUGUCUGACAGCAUCCAUCAGCUGGCGGGGCCCGAGCUGCGAGACGAGCUGCUCAAACUCAAAGGAUGUCGGACAGGAGAAGCGAAGCUAACCAAAGGCUUCAACCUGGCAGCGAGGUUUAUCAUCCACACAGUGGGACCAAAGUACAAAGCCAAGUACAGGACGGCAGCAGAGAGCUCGCUGUACAGCUGCUACAGAAACAUCAUGCAGCUGGCUGCAGAGCAGUCAAUGGCGUCUGUUGGCUUCUGUGUGGUGAGCACGACCAAAAGAGGUUACCCACUGGAGGACGCUACGCACAUCGCUCUCAGAACUGUGCGCAGGUUCCUGGAAAAUCAUGGAAACAGCUUGGAGGCCGUGGUGUUCACAGUGUCAGACACAGAGGAGUCUGUAUACAAGAAGUUACUGCCUCUGUACUACCCUCGCUCUGAGGAAGAGGAGAAGGCUUGCCUGCCUCUCAUCCCAGCUGACAUCGGCAACUCGGAGGGUGAACCUGUCGUCCCAGAGAGACAGAUUCGCAUCGCCGAGAAACCCGGCACCCUGGAAGACGACUCUGAGGAGGAGAGUCUGGAGUUGGAUCUGGGUCAGGUGGGGAAUCACGCUUUUGCCCGCAUGGAGGGUGAUGUGGACAAACAGAGGAAACAGAUCCUGCAGGGCCAGAUGUCAGAGGCGGCCAUGCAGAAACAACACCAGAGGAAUUACAAUCGCUGGCUGUGUCGGGCGAGAGCAGAGGAUCUGUCAGACGUCGCUGCACUGAAGGCUUUAUAUCAAACUGGUGUGGAUAUGUGUGGCAGGACAGUGAUGGUUCUGGUUGGCCGAAACAUCCCAGUCACCCUUAUCGACAUUGAAAAGGCCCUGCUGUACUUCAUCCAUGUGAUGGAUCACAUCACAGUGAAGGAAUAUGUAAUGGUUUACUUCCACACGCUGACUGGAGAGCACAACCACCUGGACUCUGACUUUCUCAAGAACCUCUACGAUAUCGUUGAUGUCAAGUUUAAAAAGAAUUUAAAGGCCUUCUACUUUGUCCAUCCAACAUUUCGCUCUAAGGUCUCAACAUGGUUCUUCACCACCUUCAGUGUGUCAGGGAUGAAGGACAAAGUUCGCUACCUGGACAACCUGCAGCAGCUCUUCACCUGCAUCAAACCUGAGCAGAUCGACAUCCCUCCGUUUGUCCUGGAGUAUGACGCACGGGUGAAUGGACCCUACCAUUCCUCCCAGUCUUCAGGUCUGUGACAGGAGACCAGCGGGGCCUCCCCAUCGGGGUGACGAGGGGCUGUCAGCCUAUCAAAAGGAGGGCAGUUUAUGGACAUGAUGUUGCCCGUGUAGUCUGAACUCCUAACCCCUUGUUAAGGCUCUGAACCAUAAUAAGGAAUCUCGCAUUUUGUUCUGUCUCUGCCAAAAGGACAAAAUUAACAGUCGCAGCCCACAUUUAGCAGCAUGUGGCCUAGUGAACGGUCGUUGUCGCUCACCACAGACUAUUUCUGGAUGUGGGAUGGUUUCUGGAUUAUGCCUUACACUAAGAGUUCUUAUUCAGCAGUUUCCUCAAACAUCCUCAAAGAUGGAGAAUCAUGUCAAGCCAUACAGUUGCUCAAAGCAUUUUCCAUCAUGUGGUCAUGUCUCAGAAUAUUGGCAGAUGUUUCAAAUCCUGGAUUAAAACGAGAAGAUUACGACUGUCUGGAUUUCCACACCGUUAAAUUCAGUACCACACCAUGCUGGCAGCAGGAACUCCGGGUGAAGUAAAGGCUAAUGCUACACCCAGGCGGAAGUUGGAAAUUCCCCCCGGUAUGCUGUAACCUCUGUGUUCUCCUGUGGUCACAAUUGGUAAACCCCAGGGGAAAGUUAUUAACGCCUGGGGGAUAUUCAAAAUAUAAAAAACCUCACUCUACUUGUACAACUGGCAAAAUCCCUUUAUGCUGGCUAACAGAACUUUAACUUUCUGUCACAUUUUGGUAAAUGCACUUGCUUGCUCUCUUGCUAUGAGUAAGAUGAGAAGAUUAAUACCACUCUCAAAUUUGUGCAUUAAAUAUAAAGCUACAGCCAGGAGACGCUGAGCUUAGUUUAGCGUACAGACUGGGAGCAGGGGGAAACAUUUGGUCUCCUGUAAAACCACAACUUCAUUUAUACACUAGUGUUGUAUCCCUCACUCAUUAACUCGGGCCAGGAGAGCACAUAUUUCCCAAAAUGUAAACAUAUUCCUUUAAGCUUUAAAUCCACACAAAGUGUCUGGGUGGAUUGAUGGUGAUGUGUUGAAAAUGGAUUGUUGGCGUACUGCUGUUCAAUGUGUAAGAUGCCACGCAGACAUGACAGUGACCAUAUAUACAUCACAACAAGCUUGUUGUUUCCUAUGAGGAGAACAAACUCUGCUGGCUUUUCUGUGGGUUAUUCCUCACAGGAAGUUUGUAUUUUCUCAAUCAAGGAUGUGUGUAGAAGGCAGCAGGGCGUAUAUAAAGGACAUGUACCUCGCUUAAAUUAACACUGAAGCAAUUAAUCAAUUAGUCAUUUAACCUGCAACUUUUUUUUUCUUUUUUUUCCAAUUGGUUGGUCAUUUCAGUUAAUAAUUUAGCAAAUGAUACCAAUUUUUGCCAAACAUUUACUGGUUACAGUUUCUCAAAUGUGAGGAUUUGCUUUUUCUGUUUCAUAUCAUUAUAAUUGCAGACUGUUUGGUUUUGAACUGAAAAAAAGAAGAGACAAUGAAGAAGAGAAACAAACAAAUUUAGGAAGUCACCUGGGCCUCUGGGAGCUCCACACUUUGCAUUUUCCAUUAUUUCUAAAACUUUUGAGAUAAAACAACUGAUCUGUUUAAUCAAAAAAAUCAAUACCUGAAUGAAUAAUAAUCAUUGUUAGUUGAGUCCUUAAUCACAGGGCUGUUGUCUUCUUCCAUGGUGCCUGUGUAAGGGUACCUCACCUUUUUAGUUCAGACUACUAGUCCAGCUGAAGGUACUUACUGUCUGCAGCUGUGUUUCUUCCAGCUUUAUGACACCAGUUCGUUACCAGUUUCAGAGGAUUACAAACAUUAUUCUCCCCUACUGCACUAAUUUAUUGUCUCAUGUAUUUGUUUCUGAUUUGUCUUGUGAAAUGCUGGUUACUUUUCAGUUGCGCUGCUCUCUCUGGUCCUCACUCAUGAGAAGGUGUAGCUUUGUUUUCAAGUUUCACAUUGCUGUUUGAUUUCCAUUCUCACACUCACAGGAUCGAAUCAGCUGGUUUUUAUUUUCUCCUUGCCAAUGGAGAUUGAACUUAUUGUUAAAUUGUUUGUUAAAAUGAGCAUUUUGUUCCUCAGUCAUAGAUUUCCCUUUUUUAUAUGCACAGUUUGCUCAGUUUUACUUUUAAUUCAGUUCAACUUGGACUACCAGACUGGAGGUUUCACUUGAUCAGGGCAAUUGCAAAUCAGAUUUACUAAACUUUGAAAACAUUCCAGUGACUAUUUAACUUCCACCGGUCUUAUGUAGCAGUCCCCACCUGUCUGGUAUGCCAAAAUGUAUAUGUAACACUAUCACAAUUUCAUUUCUGUUAGCAAGAAACAAUCCUCCCACACCUCUUCAGCCUAAAUGUGGGCCUUAUGAAGUUGUAACUUUCAUGUUUGCAACUGGAAGAUGCACCGUGACAGUUUAAGGACUUUUCAGAGUCCCAUUUUAACUCGAUAAACAAUCGAAGUGAAGUAGAUUUUAACAACUUUAAUCAACUGUUUGAUGUCUUUAAAUCUUAUUUUCCUGUUACAGUGACAACAUUCAGUGGGGUGGAAACAAGUGCAUUGAAAAUGAGUGACUUUCCUCACUUAAUGCUUUCACAGAAGUUAAGAUUUAAGAUGGAAUAUGUCAGUGAGUUGUCCAAAAUGUCACAAAUACAGCUCUGGAGCAAUUGAGUAAAAAAUGGUUGUUUUUUCCUCCAUCAUCUCUAUUUAAAAAAAAAAAACAACCAGAAACCAGACUUCAGAUCAGUGAAGUUAUCAGCAUGAACUUUAUUGUCACAACUGUGAUUAUGUCAGAAUGUAUAAAAAUGAUGAGCCAAACUUCUUGACUUCCUCGAAUUGUAUAUUAUCUGUUUUGUAUGAUUUCAACUGAGAUUUGAAGGAAGUGACAUCAUUGGUGUUCAAACUUUCUUUACUGUUAGGUCUGUUGAAUUUUUUUUAUACACUGAUUAAAAUGAUUUUUCUCUGUCAAA